AUUUAUUUCAUUGUUUGAAGCAAUUUCAUCAUUCGAGUUUUGACUUUCAGAAGUUUGGAAGUGUUGGAAUUUGGAACGUCUUAUUUUAUUUCAUCAGUUUAAGUUUAUUAUUAUUAUUAAUUUCGAUUCUUAUUAAAAAGCGUUAACAAUGAACCCUCUAAGUCAAAUUGUUCGUGCAACAUGCCCAAUCUACCGUAAGUUAUCUACUUCAGCACCAAUAACCUCAGCAGCAAAGCAGAUUCCAUCAACCGGCAUGUGCUUUGAACUAAACGAUGAACAGAAAGCUUUGCAGGACUUAGCUCGGAAGUUCACCAAGGAAGAAAUAACACCAGUUGCCGCCCAAUAUGACAAAAGCGGAGAAUAUCCGUGGCCAAUUGUCAAGAAGGCUUGGGAAAUUGGACUUAUGAACGGCCACGUUCCCGAGCAUUGCGGCGGUAUGGGAAAUUUUGGAGUAUUCGAGGAGUGUCUCAUUGGUGAAGAAAUGACCUUUGGUUGUUCAGGAAUUGGAACAGCGCUCGGGGGAACUGGUUUAGGACAAACACCAGUUAUAAUUGCUGGUAACAAGGAGCAACAAAAGAAGUACCUUGGACGGUUGAUAGAAGAACCACUUGUAGCUGCUUAUUGUGUGACUGAGCCCGGAGCUGGUUCUGACGUAGCGGGAGUCAAAACCAAGGCGGAAAAGAAGGGUGAUGAAUGGAUCCUGAAUGGGCAAAAGAUGUGGAUCACCAACGGAGGUGUCGCUAACUGGUACUUUGUGUUAGCGAGGACAAAUCCCGACCCUAAAUGCCCUCCAAGCAAGGCCUUCACGGGAUUUAUCGUAGAACGUGAAUGGGCCGGAGUAAACCCCGGACGCAAGGAACAAAACAUGGGACAAAGGGCUUCUGACACCCGUGGCAUUUCCUUCGAAGAUGUUCGUAUACCAAAGGAGAAUGUUCUUCUUGGCGAAGGAGCUGGUUUCAAGAUAGCGAUGGGAGCUUUCGACAAGACCCGACCACCGGUGGCAGCCGGAGCGACUGGACUUGCGAAUCGCGCGCUCUACGAAGCUACAAAGUACUCGUUGGAGCGCAAGACAUUCGGCGUUCCGAUAGCUCAGCACCAAGCAGUGGCUUUUAUGUUGGCUGAUAUGGCAUUAGGCGUGGAGACUGCCCGCCUCGCAUGGCAAAAAUCAGCUUGGAUGGUCGAUCAUGGUCAAAAGAACACUCUAGUUGCUUCAAUAGCGAAGUGCUACGCUUCUGAAAUUGCCAACAAAGCAGCUUCAGACGCUGUUCAAGUCUUCGGAGGCAAUGGGUUCAACACUGAAUAUCCAGUGGAGAAGCUCAUGAGGGACGCUAAGAUCUAUCAAAUCUACGAGGGUACAUCGCAAAUUCAACGUCUCAUCAUAUCCAGGGAAAUUCUGACGGCCGCGAAACAAUCCAACGCCUGAACAAAAAUACCUUGAAAGAAUUACAUCAUAAGGCUGAUUGGGAGUGCUACAAAUCAUUAUUUACCUUUAUAUAUUUUUUUUUAAUAUAUCAUAUACUAUUUGUAUAAGCGAAUUUAAUAGUUUGUAAGUAAAUGUUUCAGAUGUUAUAUACAAAAUUUGCUUUUUUCUUUGUAAUAAAUUUUGAAUAAUUUCUGUCGCUGUAAAAAAAUACAAAUAAAUAUAUAGUUGUAUA